AGUCUUAAACAAAUAAAAAUUGAAAGAAUAGUUCAAAACUAUUAUGGCAAAACUCAUGGCAAAAUUUUAAAUGAAACCAAUUUUCGCUUAGCGAAAAAAUUAUAAUUAACAUGAAUACGACAAACACACUUGAGGUGGAAUUUGUAUUGGAAAAUGAUGAACAGCUGCCUGAACAUAAAAACGAUCAAGAACUGAUCACUGAACAAGACAAGAAGGGAGAAUCUAGAGAAGAUCGAAAAGAUGAAUUGUCUACAGGAAAAGUCAAUGAAAAUAACUCUACAAAGGAAAAGAAAGAGCUGCCUUUUACGCAGGCAAAUGAAUAUGAUUUGCCUUCUAAGAAAGAAAUAGAAUUGCCAUUGACACCUAAGGCAGAAGAGAAUUUCAAAUCCUGUUCUGUAAGCAAAAAUGGUGAAAAAUUAGCUUCGGAACAAGACAAGAUAAAGCAAAAAAUGCCGGUUGAGAGAUUUUUACGGGCUGCUGCUAGUGAUAUGUAUGUCGUAAGAGAUGAAGACUCAGUUACAACGAUCGUUAAUCGACAUCUAUCUUUUGAGCAUGUGGCGCCAGACUGUGAGGAAUAUUGGUCGUUUAAUAACAUGUUAUACGGGCGAAAUUUUUUUCCAACAAAUGAGGAUGCUAACGAAAGGGUUUUGGAAAGAAAACAACGUGGAAGAACAAAUCUGAAACCAAAAGCAUCAGUAUAUACAACGAAUAUUCAUGUUUCUCGCACUGUAUGUGACGAAUCUGGAAAAAAAUCCAACGAAUGCAAUUGCUCCUAUAAAGGAACCACCAUUAGAGUGGAUGGGAGUGAGCGAAGCAAGCGUUAUACAGAAUUUAAUCCGAAGUUACUAUCAGAUUGAAGAAAGCAAGUCACAAAAGACAGUGCGAACGCCAAAAGUCACAAAGUAUUUUCGGACAACUUAUUGCUAUUUUCGAUUUCAGUUUCUAGAACUAAAUAACUAUUGAAAUACUUUAUAUAACUUAAGCUGCAACAAAAUAAGUACUGCUUGUGUAAUGGAACGUUUUACUAAAUUGCGAACACUGAUUGCUUGAGGCUAUAUUUAUUUAAGUUCAAAGAUCUUAAAUAGCUGAGCCUAGUUCAGCCUACCUGAAAUAUCAUCUGAUUAUAUUUUUAUAUAUCUGUUUCAUUCUAUUUAUAUCUCCUAUCGAAUGUUUGUACAAAAGUAAACAAUCGAUUAUUUGGCGUUCCACAAGUAAUGGACAUAUUUUUAUAAGAAUAUAAUUUUGUAUUUAUUUAACACAAUAAUAUUUGGAAUCUGUGAAAUAAUUGUAAUUAUUUGUUUAGUAACAAACUUUACGGAUAAGUAGAGAAUUGGAUUGAUGUUUUCGAUACAUUUGAAUAUCGCUAUUGGGGUAUAAAACCCUAUAUACCCAGAGCAAAUUACGAAUAAUAAAAUGUUAUGUGAUUAUAGUCGUUAAAGCGAAGAGAAUAGAUCUAGAAAGAAGAACACGUACUAGGCUCUACCACCUUUAGCGGUGUCUACCGAAAGAUGAUGCGAAUUGUUGAUCAAAACGCAUCACUUCCCGAAGUAAUGCGAAUAAGUCUAUCCAUAAAGGUGGUGUUUUAGUCCGUAUACCACAUAAUAAAAGACCUAAUCACAACCAAAAAAUAAAAGUGGAGUACACAACUGAAUUA